AUGUCUUCGUCGAACAACCCAACAGAGGACAACACUACACUAACCCACAGUGGGGGCAUAUCGGCCGCUCAAACAAGUUCUGGGCCUGGCGCGCAGGGCUCCUCUCGACCUGACGCUCUUCUCCCACCAUCAGGACUUCACACUUCGUUUGUGGGCAUGUCUUAUCAUAAUAGAUAUUCCUCCACUGGACGAUCCGCCCCAGUAUCGUCAACGAAUUCGGUUACCUCCUCACGCGAAACCUCCCCCACUCGCCCCCUUCGAUCGAUAAACUCCGCAGCAGCAUCAAGAUCAGUCUCUCGAUCACGAAAAAAUAGCCAGGAGCUUAGUCCCAAUCGUACCCCUAUUCCCUCUCCCGUCGCGCUCCGACGGAAUCUCUCCAAUGUGAACAAACCGCAAUUCCCACCACCCUCGGUUGAACCGUCCGCAGACUUGCAACGUCCCAUUAAGUCCAAUAAUAUGCCCUCGAAAAUCCAUGGCGAUUCAUCACCACAAUGGCCUAUAUCUCCCAGGCUCAAAUCGCCACCUCCGCCAGUUCUAUCAUCGCGUAACAAUCUCCCUCUCACAUCAAAGCGAUUGGACCAUGAGACCACUGUGGCAAACAUGUCUAGCAAGAGAAACCCGACACUGUCCGAAGUUGCCCAAUGUGCCAAUACGCCGGAAGAGGAAGCGGAUGAUAAAUACAAUCGCCAAAACGCACGGGUCGCUUUGAAUAGAGGUAGCAGCGGGGCCGGAUCGAUUUUGGAAACAGUACAAGAAGCUGGCGCUUUGCUAGAGCCACCAGUUCCCGGUAACCGGGAGGAGAAUGUGGAAGAAUCUGCCCCAUUUGUUGCAAAAACUGGCGUGGAAAGUGGAAGCGAUAGCGGUGGGAAUAGGGGCAAACCGAGGAUAUCGCCUGCUAACGCAAGACCGGGGGAUAUUAUUUCAAAGCGCUCAUUUAGCUCACUGAGUUCAACUCGAGGGAAGCUUGGCGACACCCCUGCGAGGAAUAUGAUUAUUGAGGCAGAAACAGUUAGCUCUAUACCACAAGUAUCUCUAGGUGGUGGUGCAGGUGAGCGUAGCGCUGCCGUGAGAACGGAUACUAGUGGUAGCGUCAGGUUGAAAGCGAGCGACGAAACUAUUCGACCGAAAAAGGAAAAAAAGAAACCGGUCCGCCGGCCAACAGCACUUCCUGCUGGUACAGUUUCGUCCAAGGCCGAUAUAUUUGAGGCCAAAGUUGCUAGCGCUGUGGAUGAGGCAGAUUCUUCAGAUUCUGCGGAAACAUUUAUAUACGAAUCAAACCCUCCGGACUCCCGCCCUGCUCAUCCACUUCGAUAUCAUUCACGAACCCCCAGUUCUACCUCAAUGGCUAGCCAAGCUGAUCAAUACGGAGUUCGGCCCCGAUUAGGCCUGAGGGACCACACCGUUACUGGAAAGAGAAGUAUGAAGUUUACAAAUACCGGGUAUGGGGCGCUGGAUGGCGAUGGAGAUCAGUCUAGUGGAAGGGGGAGUGGAAGACCCAACGGACAUAUCCAUACGACGCGGCAUUCCCACAUUGGCCGACACGGGAGAAGUGGUCACCCAUCAGUCCUCGAUCAGUCCCCAUUUCUUGUUUCCCAGAGUCAGAAGCCAUCGAGACAUAGCUUCAUCAACGGGAGUAAACAAAGCCGUGGGUCUCAUAGCUAUCGUAUGACUGGCAACCCUAAAAAGAAUGGCGAUACAUAUGGUUAUGAUUUCGAUGGCGAGGGUGCCGAUGAUGAACGAACGCCGCUUGUCGGGUCUGUUCGUGUGACCCGCACUCGUCACGCCCGCCGUCCCAACAGUGCAAGUCUUCGUCAGAUGGAGUAUAUGGAGCAACGACAAAGAAGCUGGCUGUCACGACAUGGGCUUUGUAUUCUUCUCUUGAUUUUCCUAUUCCUCCUGGCUGGAGGAGCGACAACGGCUGUGGUUGGGUUGAUGAAACCGCUUACGGGCGUGCACGUCAAGAAGAUCCGGAACGUUUUAGCCUCUGAACAACAGAUUAUGUUUGGCCUCGAGGUUCAAGCGAUCAACUCCAAUCUCAUGACGCUUACAGUCAAUAAUAUGGAUGUUAAUAUAUUUGCAAAGAGCAGAUACCUUGGCAGCGAGUCACACCUGCACGGUUCUGCUUCUCAUCCACAUAUGGUUGUUCCACGGACGAAGGAUAGUAGAACACGGGCCCGCUUGACUAGUGCGGUAAAACAGAAUGCUGCAUCGAUAAGCGAUACUACACACGCUACCGGUGGCAUUGACAGAGGCACAGAUCCUAUCUUCGCGGACCCUCCCGAAGACCCUGUUGGAGACCCACAGACUAUGCUCCUCGGCCGCAUUUUCCAUUUCGAUUCUCCUCUUACCUUCGAAUCUUCGCCAUGGAGGCACGAUCCAUCGUCCUCAAUCGGUGAAGUAAGGCUUGCAAAGCCGGGAAACAAAACCGAAGAAGGCGGAACUGCUCGUUGGGAACGAGUCUUGCAGAAUCCCUUUGAACUGAUCGUGCGCGGUGUCGUCAAGUACCAACUCCCGUUGACGUCACGCAUGAGGUCUGCCUCGAUCAAUUCACAAAUAACUGUAGUUCCCAAUGAUGACAGUGGGGGUGGAGACAAUGGUGAUGAUAACAAUGAUGGAGCUGAUAAAAAACCGCCGACGACACCGGGCCACCAUAAUAACGACACGAGCGCCGAAACGUAUCAAUCCUGA